CGAUAACUGCCCUCUCAGACCUCUGGAGGGCGAUUUUGGGCUUUCGCGACGACUUUGGAUUCAACAGAGGAUGAACGGGCCCAAAAACCAAUGGGUGUAAUACGCAAGAAGACCGCCUCGCGCGGCACCGAGGCUGGCACCAAGUUCCACUGCGACGUGUGCUCAGUCGAUGUCACCUCCACCGUUCGCAUCUCCUGCGCUCAUCCCUCUUGUCCUGAAUACGAUCUCUGCGUUCCCUGCUUCGCCAAUGGGGAAAGCUCCAAGAACCACGACCCGCAAACUCACCCCUUCCAAGUCAUCGAGCAGAACUCCGUUCCGAUCUUCAAGCCCGACUGGGGUGCCGAUGAGGAAUUGCUUCUACUCGAGGGCGCCGAGAUCUACGGUCUUGGCUCUUGGGCCGAUAUCGCCGACCACAUUGGCGGCUACCGCUCCAAGGACGAGGUGCGCGACCACUACAUCGAUACCUAUGUGAACAGCUCGCACUUCCCGCUCCCCGAUCAUGCAGACCCGGAUGAUCACAGCCUCCAGGAAGAGAUCUCGAAGGAGGAGUUCCAGACGCGUAAGAAGCGACGCAUCGAGGAGCGCAAGGAUGCGGCCAAGGCGGCUCCGCCCACCACGCCUAAGCAGAAGCCUACUGCCAGUGUGCCGGCUUGCCACGAGGUGCAGGGAUAUAUGCCGGGUCGAUUGGAGUUCGAGACCGAGUUCCUCAAUGAUGCGGAGGAAGCUGUCCAGCACAUGGCGUUCGAGCCCGGGGCGGGCAUUAGCGACAAUGGCGAAAUGGACGCGGAGGCAGAACUUAAAAUGACCGUGGUGGAUAUCUACAACUCCCGACUUACAGCGCGUACAGAGCGCAAGAAGAUCCUCUUUGAGCACAACCUUUUGGAAUACAGAAAGAACACCGCACUGGAGAAGAAGCGCUCGAAGGAAGAGCGGGAUCUCCUAAAUAAAGCAAAGCCACUUGCACGGAUGAUGAGCCGCAAUGACUUUGAAGAGCUGAACAAGGGCCUCGAGUACGAGCACAAUCUCCGCCUGGCCAUCUCACAACUCCAGGAGUGGCGGCAAAUGGGCAUCGGCGACUUGAAAGCUGGUGAGAAGUACGAGCAAGAUAAGCAGUCGCGUGUACAGCGCAUGUUGCCCCAGGGGUCCUUCGAUCGAUUCGCCAGCGCGCGACCCAAUAAGGCCCAGAUGUCCGAGGUGUCCGCCGCAGCUACCCAGCUGACGACACCCGAGCUGCCCUUGCGACUUCAAAAGGCUGCCAAUCCCCACCAACAGUCAGAUCCCGAGCCCUUGAAUGAUUUCGACCGUGCUUUCGCCAUUAAUGGCGACCAGGCACCCACACAAUCGACCAAGACGAAAUUCGUGGUGCAGCCGCUGAGCGGAGUACCAGCGUGGAAGUUGGACACCGAGGGUGCUGCCGACCUGCAUCUCUUGACAAAAGAGGAAGUCGAUGUGUGCAACACGCUGCGUAUAAUGCCGAAGCCGUAUCUCGUGGUGAAGGAAACAUUGCUGAAAGAGGCAAUGAAACAAGGCGGCACCCUGAAGAAGAAGGAUGCCCGAGCGAUCUGCAAAAUCGAGGGCACCAAGACCAGCCGCAUUUACGAUUUUAUGGUGCACAGCGGAUGGAUCAACAAGGGUUAGCACUUGCUUUUUGAGCUUGCUUUGUCUCUGUUUGGUUGAUAUCCACAUCUGUCUGUGAUUAUGCUCCAGCGUGUGAUUUUCUGGCGUUUACUAUGGGG